AAUCACAUCCCCACACAACGCAAAGCACAGACAUGUCUGCAGUUCCUCUCACUAGAAUCCUGCCCAUCGGGUUCCUUGCUCACCUGCUUCUUUUCUCUUUCGUCUCUCUCACAAUCUGCGUGGAGUUCACUGAAGAAACUGGCAAACUAGGAAAAAUCAAUGUACUUCAGAGAGGAGGCAACCAGUGGGCAAUUGGACACUUUAUGGGUAAAAAGAGUCUUCAGGACACAUACAGACUGAGUGAACAAGAUUUGGAGGAAUCAGCUAUCUUCCCUCCACGCACUAUGGACAGCAUGAAAGCCAUCUUACAAGAGCAACGCAGAGAGCUGUCACCCAUUCAACUUCAGGGAGCACAGCGAAUACUAAGGAAAAUCCUGGAGCAGUAUUUUAAAACGUCCCAGAAGUAGAGAAGAUAUUUAUUUUCUUGUACAUAUAAGACAUAUAUAUAUUUGUGCCUGAGAUACGGAACUUACUUCAGACAUUCCAAAGGCUAUUAUUUACAAUAAAAAGAAAAUACUA